AGUCACCUCCCUCCCGCCUCCGCCAGACAUGUCGUGCUACAGCCCGUGCCAGACAGCCGCCUGCGGCCCAGCUCCGCUUGCCAACAGCUGCAACGAGCCGUGUGUCCUUCGUUGUGCCGACUCCAGCGUUGCGAUCCAGCCCCCACCAGUGGUGGUGACGCUGCCGGGCCCAAUCCUCAGCUCCUUCCCUCAGAGCACAGCCGUGGGAUCCACGGCGUCGGCUGCCGUGGGGAGCUCUCUCAGCGCUGGCAGUGUGCCCAUCGGUGCUGGGGGCUCCCUGGGGCUGGGGGGCUUUGGGUGGUCAGGGCUGGGCCGUGGGCUCUGUGGGACUCUGGGACGUGGCAACCUCCUCUGCUAAAGCCCGUGGACCACCUGCCUGUGCAUGAGCACCUCGGGCCUUGAAGGCAGCCCUGGAGCCAGCCCUGAGGGCAUGGCCGCGGUCUGCAGAGGAGCCGAGUUCCCGCCAACUUCUCCUCCUCGUCGCCCGCCCUCUUUCCCCUGCUUACUAUCCGUGGUCUUCCGCUUUCACUGAGCUUUACAGACAUCCAAAGGGCACUGCUGAAGCUCUCAGCUGUUGCCCGUUCCUCUCCUUUUCUCAUUAAAGACAUUGAGCAUCAGCUUUGGAAA